AUGGGUAGCACCAACAACCCCUCUUCAAAUUUCUUGUGCCGCCGCCACGUUUUCCUCUGCUACAAGAACCCCACCGUGUGGCCACCGCGCAUUGAGGCUGCAGAGUUUGAUCGUUUGCCCAGGUUGCUCUAUGCUGCCAUUAAUGCCAGAAAAGCUGAUAUAAAAAAAGAGAUCUGCUUAACGAUAUGUGAGGGGAAUGAUGGGACUGAAACAUCAAAUGGAGAUGUACUAAUUUUUCCAGACAUGAUCAGAUACAGGAGGUUAACCCACUUUGAUGUUGAGACAUUUGUUGAAGAAGUUCUGGUAAAAGAAGGCGAAUGGCUUCCUGGAAACCCUGAAUCCUUAAAAGCUUCAUAUGUUUUUGUGUGUUCACAUGGAUCCCGUGAUCGUAGGUGUGGGGUUUUUGGACCUGUUUUGGUCAGUAGAUUCAGGGAAGCGAUAGAGUUACAUGGUCUUCAGGGUAAAGUGUUGAUUAGCCCGUGCUCGCACAUCGGGGAACAUAAGUAUGUGGGGAACGUCAUUAUAUUUGGUUCAAGCAUCAAUGGAGAAGUCACUGGGCACUUGUAUGGAUAUGUUACACCAGAUGAUGUACCUUUAUUGUUUCACCAGCAUAUCAUCGAAGGGGAGAUUUUUGACUCACUAUGGAGGGGUCAAAUUGGUCUAUCAGAAGACGAACAGAGGAAAAAGCAAGAACAAAGGCUACAGCUGAAUGGCGCAAGAAAUUUAGAAGUAGGCACAGAAAGGAUGAUGAAGAUGAAGAAUCGUGAGCCAAGCACUGCAGGGUUUAGACUCCACGACAACUUUUCGAGCUGCUGCCAAGCAGAUCAAGAGAGCUGUUGCCUAGAAGAUGAGGAGAAUUGUUGCAACAACAAUGUAUUAGUGGAAACGACUCAAAUGGAAGAGAUUUCAGCUAAUAAUAAGAGUAGCAAGAAUGUGAAUGCCAUUUCUCGUAUCAAUAAGGGCAAAGGAGCAUCGCACAAGUUUAGUUCCCUGUCAACAUGGUUUGACAGCUGGGAGCAAGAAGACACUUAUGCUACUCUUGCUGUUGUCUGUGCUGCUGUGUCAGUUGCCAUUGCUUAUAGCUGCUACAAGCAGCUGAGAUGAGAAGAAUCAAGUCAACAAUUGGUUGCAUUGUUGUUUAGCAGUGGAUUAGAUAACUUAUGCUUUGUUAUAUCUUCAUUUUUCAGUGCAUAGAUUAAUUUC